AUGUGGGACAGUCUUGCAGCAGUGCAUGUUAGAAAAGAGUCAGCGUCUGCAUUGACGUUUUUCAAGCAGUUGUACCAGACGAAGUUGCAGCCUGGUGGUGAUUUGGCAGCACACUUGAGACGUCUGGAGGCAAUACGCGGCGAAUUAAUUCAAAGGGACAUGGAGAUACCUGAUACUCAGUAUGUUUUUAUCAUUCUUUGUUCCCUUAACGAGGACUUUGAUGGUAUAGCUAGCCAGAUAUCUGCCGUUCCACCAGCGCAAUUAACUGUGGAAGGGGUGACGGCAAGAUUAAUGGGCGAGUUGGACAGAAGGGAGGCUUGUGCCAUAAGCACUCCUAUUUCCAGAAAGAAUGAGGAACGCCAUAUGCAAACUUGUGGUGAUACAACUGCAUUUAAAGCUGCAAAGCGUUGUUGGUUCUGCAAUAAGCAAGGACAUUUUGCAAAGGACUGCAGAUCCAAAAGAAAGCAAAGUACUCCCAAGUCUGUUUCUGUUCAUCAGUCACGGUCGUCAGCUCAGCAGCCGGCAUCGUACCGUAAAGACAGAAACGAGCCGCGAGCUUUUCACGCUAGCACAAGAGAUCGUAAAAGAAUUAAAGGUGCCAAGUGGAAUUCUUUUAUUGUGGACUCAGGAGCAUCUCAGCACGUUUGCAACGAUCGAAGCUUGUUUAUUUCUUUCGAAGAGGAAAUUGGUAAUGUACAUUUAGCCAAUUCACAAGUCUUGCAGUCGCUUGGCAGGGGUACUGUUAAACUUGACUCUUUAAACAUUACUAUAGCGAACUGCAUUUACUGCCCAUCAGUGGACAAUUUAUUGUCAGUAAGGUGUUUUGCUCGUCAAGGCAUAACUGUGCGUUUCUUAAAGUCAAUGUGUGAGUUUUUCGAGGGAACAAACGUCUAUUGUAUGCCCGGGAAUCUGAUGGUUUAUAUAGACUGUAUUUUCGCACCUACUCCCAAUCGCCUAUAAAUUGCAGAGCAGCACAGUCAAGCCAGGGGUUGAGGAAUGUAAGGCCACAUUCUGGGUGUGUCCAUGAGGCGCACAGAAUUCUGGGACAUCUGAAUUUUGCUGAUGUAAUUAAGACCAAGAAUAUUGUUAAUGGCCUCAACUUAAAACCAUGUAAAUUCUUUAUGCAAUGUCUAUCCUGUUGCAAGAAUAAGAUUAAGGUUGCACGCAAGGGUAGGUGCUCAGAUAGGAAAGUAACUGAGCCAUUUGAGCGUGUACAUUGUGAUUUAGUUGGGCCACUCCCACCAUCCUUAGGAGGUUCUAAGUACUGGCUUACCCUGAUAGACCAGUAUAGUAGAUAUUGUUGGACUUAUGCAAUAGCUGAGAAGUCCCAAGCAUUUGAGAAGUACAAAGUUUUUGCAACUGGGUAAAAACACAUUUUAACAAACCUAUUAAGAACCUUUUUUCUGACAGGGGCGGGAAUUUGUUUCUGAGGAUUUUGAGAAAUUCCUGGAAGCGCAGGGGACUACUCAUGAGUUAUCUUGCCCCGAAGUCCCUGGCAAAAUGGGCUUGUUGAAGUUGUGCAGCGUGACCUGCAGGCAGGGGUUAAAACUUAUCUGCAUGAUGCUAAUCUGCCCAAAGACUUUUGGGCUGAAGCGCUCAAUGCCUUUUGUUAUGUUAGAAAUCGCAGUUAUCAUUCUGGUUUAGAUGUCACCCCCUAUGAGAAGCUGUUUAAAAACGCCCUAAUCUGAAACACCUACGCAUUUGGGGUUCAGAUGUAAUAAUGCAUUAUCCCGCUAAGCAGAAAUUGGGUGAACGUAGUGUCCAGGGAAAAUUAAUGGGCUACCAGCAGGGGCGUACAGAAUUUACAUACCAGCAACUGGCAAAUUUCAUAUUACCAGAAGCAUGAUACAAACUGUAAAUUGGAAUGGUGUUGCUGUUUUCCAAGAUAGUAAUGGUAUAGAUAAUACUGAGGAAGAAGAGGUAGAAGAAGCAGCAGCAGCAGCAGGAAAUGGUGCUUCUGAAUUAAUGGAAGAAGACAAAAAGCCUGUUGAAUCUGAUAAUUUCUUUGAUGAUUUAAAGUCACAGGCACCCGAGGGGAGGUUAGAUUCUCUUGAGUUUUCUGACCGUGAGCUUAGCCAACAGGCAUCUCUUCAGUCUGACAAUGAUGAUUUACAACCUGAAACUAGUAGUUUACAUAGUCCCAUUAAGUCUGAGGAGUCUGACUCUCCUUCCGGACUGAGACGUUCAGAUAGAAAGAGACAGAAGCCACAACGUUUUGCAGAUGAACAUUUUAAUACUGUGUAUGCCAAUAAGGCAGUUUUUGAGCCAAAAAGCUACAAUGAUGUUCAGAAUUUACCUAAGCACCAAGCUGUAAAUUGGUAUAAAGCUAUGAACUCUGAAAUAGCUUCUUUAAAAGAGCAUAACACUUGGUCUCUUGUACCACAAACCCCAGAUAUGAGACUUAUUGAUUCAAAAUGGGUUUAUAGAGUUAAAAUGAAUGACAAAAAUGAAGUUGUAAGGUACAAGGCUAGAUUAGUUGCUAGGGGUUUUCAACAAAUUCCAGGCGAAGAUUAUGAUUUGUGUUAUUCACCAAGUGUAAAAUAUGAAACAGUUAAACUUUUGUUAAAAGAUGCAUCAAUUUGUGGAAAAGCCCACUACGCAAUGUUUCUCUGCUCUUAAGAGAGUGGUAAUGUACCUUAAACAUACUAAACAUUAUAGGUUGCAGUUUACAACAAGUAUUGACAAAGGUUUUGAAAUUUUCUGUGAUGCAUCUCAUGCAGUGGAACAAAAUAAUUGCAGGGGUGUGUCUGGUAUGGUGUUUUGUUAUAAUGGUUGUCCAUUUGAAUGGAAGUCCCAGACACAAACCAUUAUUUGUCUCUCCACAACAGAGAGUGAAUUAUGUGCAUGUGUUCAGGCCACUCGUGAUGUGGAAUGGUAUCUGCAAGUAUUCGCAGACCUACAGAUGCAAGUAACACUACCAGUAAAAGUUUACCUUGAUUCCCAGAGUGGACUCGCUAUCCUAUGUUCAGAAACCAAUACGCAGCGCACUAAAGUCUUAAGAUUACGUUUACAGUUUGUAAAGAAACUAAUUGCUGAUGAAAUGGUUGUAUUUAAAUAUGUUCCAGGUGACAAUCAAAUUGCAGACAUUUUUACUAAAGCACUUCCAAAAGGUAUACAUGAAAAACAUGUACAAAGUAUGCUUUAUGUUUUUGUUCCACAAUGAUGAACCGCAGGGGAAAUGUUGAAUGGUUUAAUAUGUAAAGGUUCAUCAUUGUUCCACUCGAUGUGUAUGUCUUUAAGGGGCCAAAGCAAGGGCCAGAGCAAGAUAACAAGACCCAGCGUUACAGCUGUGAAACAUAGCAGGUGCUGCCGAGUUGUACUGAUUAAGCUGUGUUGGCAAUUGGGUGUAGUAUAUAAGGAGCAGCACCUAGCUCUCCCAUUACCCUGGGGGAUGGGUUGGUGGUUGGGUCACGUUUGUUUGUUAAUGUAUUUAGUGUAAAAGGAGUUUUUGUUUUCUUAUUAAAACCUUGUUUAAGUUAUUUUUGAGUCCCUUUUUAAUGCAUGGUCUCCCCAGCAAGCUCUCUGCAGCGCUACCAUACUGCAAAAAGCCAACAAUACCAUCAUGAGCAAUGCUAAUAAUAUAUUGUUUGUUUUUAAAAAUACCUGCUCUUAACCAGCAGAUCCUAGUGAAGCUUACAACAAUUUAAAAUUCAGUAUUAAAAACAGUUAAAACAAAUUACAGUCACUGGAAUUGUGGAGGGGAUGUCCUAAAAACACAUCUUAGGUGUGAAAGGCUGGGGUAAAGAGGUGUGUCUUCAGCAUUCCCAGAAAGCUGCCGGACAUACCUCUGGUGGGAAGAGAAUUUCACAAAUUAGGGGCCGCUACAGAAAGUGCUCUGAUGCACUGCUGCCACCUCAAACUUCUAAGGGCUGAAGAACUAACAAGAGAUCUCCCCCCGCUAAUCUUAAUACCUGAGGUGGUCUGUAGGGAAGGAGGCAGUCCCUCAGAUAUUUUGGUUCUAAGUUGUUCAUAGCUUUCAUCAGUGAUCUACUCACAGAGUUAAAAACUGGCAGUGGUCAAGUGGUCACCCCUUUUUUGUGGUUCAGGUCAAAGUUGUUAAGCUUUUUUUUAGUAAGGAAAGCCCUGUUUUUUUGACGUGCCUGUUUGGAUGUACCUGUUGGACGUGCCUGGCUUUAAUCACUAGCAUGAGCUCCUUAAAUUAGGCACAAAAGCUACCUGGCACCUUGCUUUUGAUCAAAUGCCUGGUUUUGCAUGCCUAGAAAUCUUAACUGAGAACUUGGUGGAGAGAGGGGCUGUGACACUGUCCCCUUUGCUCUGUACACCUGGGUCCACCCUUGAACUCUGUCUUUAGACGAGGUUAGGAUUAGGCCCAUCUUUGUGUGCCCCCUCUGACAACAGUCUGGAGCAUGGCAGAACAGGAUAGACCUUUUCAGUGUUAACACAUACAUAACUUUAUGGGAUGCUCUUCCCAGAGAAGGUUGCCUGGUACCAAUACUGACAUCUUCUUGGCACCAAUCCCAGUUGUUUCUUUUUCUCCCAGAAUUUGAAUGUUAAUCCCUUGCUGUAUUUCUUUCUUUGCCUAGGUAAAUAUUUUGUGAACAUGCUGAUGUUGGGGAGGGGUAUUUGUUUUGUGGCUUAAUCACUUUCAGUUGUGGUGUUCUGGGUUUUUUAUGUAUUAAGUAUUGGCAGUUGGGAGGUGGGGGUAAGUUACUUUUAGACUCCUUGUGGACAGUGAAGAAUAAAAUGAAUGAACGAGGAAGUAGAGGAUGCUGUGAAAAGAUGCAGGUGAUCUGCUAAUUUGUUCUUCAUGUGAAGUCUGACCUAUGGUUAUAUAAUGUGCAUCUAUCAAAGCAGAAAAGGUUUGUUUAGACAAGUUAAUGUCCAAAUCUUUGCCUGUUAGGCAGCUGAGCCCACAAGACAAUCCAUGCCAAUUUAAAAAGAUGGGCAGUAGUGCAGAAGCAAACAACUGAUUCGGGAUUUGCUUUAUCAUUAUGUUGAGAAGGCAGCAAGUGCUAAUACAAAAUGAAUGUGCACCCUUAUUUGCAUAGAUAUUUAGUUGUUUCUGUUUCAUCUAUAUUGGAAACAAAUUGCGGGCUUUAAAAACCCCCAUGAAGCUCCCGUGUUUAUUGCAGAUCUCCAAUCCGCUCACAAGCUAUUCAUAGGCCCUAAUUGGGAUUAACAAUAUCUUUUCAACUCAAUUACCCUUACGCUACAAGCAGCAUGCAGCAUUAUUUAAAUGCUUUGUAGAAUUUUAAGCAUGAAAGACCGGCACUUUGAGGAAUAAGCUGCAGACAUGCAGUUUUAUCUGUUCUUAUCCUAAUCUAUAAGGUAAUUUCCCCAUCCUCCUGCCUCAUACCACUUAUAGAAGCCAAUAAUGAUGCAAUUUAUUGCAUGCUGAGCAAAAACGCUUUAGCUGGUUGAUGAAGUUGUGCUGCAAGAAUGUAGAUGUGAAAUGGAGGCCAUCCACUUUCUUUUCUUAACAUGAUGGUGGGGCACAAUAGCUUGACUUGCAAUCCACAUCCUUAAAUGGUUAUAAUGGGUGCUAAGUGCAAGCCUUCCUACUCAGUUAGUUCCUGAAUCAAUCUUGACCAUUCAGACAGACUCAAUCACACUUCAUUAUUCCUGCACAGUCUCAGAACUCAGGUAGAUACAUUACUUUUAAAAAAGAUAGUUAAAAGUUUAUAUAAGGAUUAUUGUUAAAUCUUUCACUAUUAAAAAAAAUAAAUCACCUCCCACUUGUCGGAAAUGUUGUUUAGACUGUGUAUCCCAUCUAUCAAGAUUUGUGUAUGUUUUUGCAUUCAUUUUACCUUUAGUUCUCAGCAAUAAACGGGCUCAUUAGAUCUUAUCAGUGUCCAUAGACGAAGAUAUCCAUACAGGUUGCUACCCUCAUAAACUACCUAUAUGUUCAAUAGCAGCUUGACAAGCAGAAACUGAAGAGUGAUACCUUUCUCAUCACUGCAGUUCCAUUUCCACUCACCAUGCAGGUGUUAAAGGCGCAAGAAAAGAGGGUAACUAAUAUAGUGUUAUGCAUUCCCCAGACUGCAAGUUCCAGGGGCUGUGCUCACCCUGGCUUGGUUUCCUGUGUAGGAGACACUGCUGGAAGCCUACGGCAUUUUUAGCUAAUGUUGUUUAGUCGUGUCCGACUCUUCGUGACCCCAUGGACCAGAGCACGCCAGGCACUCCUGUCUUCCACUGCCUCCUGCAGUUUAGUCAAACUCAUGUUUGUAGCUUCGAGAACACUGUCCAACCAUCUCGUCCUCUGUCGUCCCCUUCUCCUUGUGCCCUCAAUCUUUCCCAACAUCAGGGUCUUUUCCAGGGAGUCUUCUCUUCUCAUGAGGUGGCCAAAGUAUUGGAGCCUCAGCUUCACGAUCUUUAUGGUCCAGCUCUCACUUCCAUACAUCACUACUGGGAAAACCAUGGCUUUAACUAUAUGGAUCUUUGUUGGCAAGGUGAUGUCUCUGCUUUUUAAGAUGCUGUCUAGGUUUGCCAUCACCUUUCUCCCAAGCAGCAGGCGUCUUUUAAUUUCGUGACUGCUGUAAUAUUUGCAUAUAUUUAGAAAUAUAUGUGUUUGAGCAUAGGUGAAGGCAAUCAGCACAGCACUCCUACAAGGCAGCAAAUCCACUACAUACAUCAGAUUCCCUAGAGGGGCAUCCCAGAAGCUUUCUAGUGUUCUGCCCAGCUUUCCCCUGGCUAUUGAGAAAACACACACUGGUCAUUCUGGGCCAUUAGCCAAUAAUCUGCUUAACUAUGGAUGGCCAUAGCUAUAUAUUCACAGCUAGCAUCUGAUUCAGUAAAAUACUAUCUGUGAAAAUUCAAGCCACCAUGUAUGUAGCAACACAAAUCUAUCCUAAAUAUGUACUUGGGAAUAAAUUGCAUGGAACAUUUAUUCAAAUAAAUGCACUUGGGACUGCAGUCCCAGUCUUUAAAGGUCUCUUCAUAUUUUUCUCAUUUUAAUUUCAUUUUUAGACUCCAGAUCCUGUUGAAAGUGCAUGAGUUGAGAGCUUAUUCACACAAUCAUCAUCAGACCUGUGUACUGAUUGUUUCAGUCUAUGUCUAUGACAUCCUUUCCCCUUUGAUUCCCAACUGCUUUGACUACACCGAAGUUGCACCUGCUGCUAUUCACAUGCUUCAGUCAAUUCAGGUUUUGUCAUACCAGGAACCCUGA